AUGUCUAACUUGGACGACGAUCUCCUGGCGCUGGCAGGCGAAGAUGUCUUUUCAGACGACCAGCAAGACUCAAAGAAUUCUAACCAGAGAAAGUCACAUGGUUUAUCGGCAGACGGAGAGCCUCAAAACAACUCACAUGUAAACACAGGCCCUGCUGACGAUGAUGACGACGACGACGAUGACGAUGACGAUGACCUCGAGGCCUUAGCACUCGGUGGAAAAAGUUCCAAAGAAGAUUUUCAUAGCAGUGGCCACGAUGACAAUGAGUCUUCAGUAUCAGGAGCGGCAGGAACAGGAGCAGCAGCCGCUCCAGAAACAAUUGAAGAGUUUGAGGAGUUCCGUAACCCGUAUCCCCUGGAGGGCAAAUACAAGGACGAAAAGGAUCGUGAGGAGCUCAUGGCUAUGAAGGAAAUCAAACGUGAAACCAUUCUUUUUGAACGUCUCUCGGAAAUUGAAAACUAUAAGCAAAAAAUGUUUUUGCUCCAGCGUGCCCAGGAACGUAAGGCUCGUGAGGAAAAGGACCAAGCAUCUGCAGCGGCGGCUGCAGCAGCUGCAGCAGCUGCAGCUGCUUCAGAUAAAGGUGGCCGUACCAAACGCGACAAGUCAGCAUUCAACAGCUCCAAACAAAGCCAGCUUUCAGAACUUAAAAAGAAACGUGAGGAAAAACGUGAAAAGGCUGGAAAACCAAACGUUCCCUACAGGGACCGCCGAGAAGGUGAUGAUGGGUACUCGGAUGAAGAAGAAGAAGAAGAGGAGGAUGAUGAUGAUAGAUAUUCUGAUGAAGACUCUGGGCGUAGAAAACGUUCUUCUCGUGGCCGUGGAGAUAAACGCCGCGGAGGCCGCUACAAUGACGAAGAAGACGACAACUUUAUUGAAAACGACGAGGCAGUAGAAUGGGCGGAGCCCAGUCACAAAAAGUCACGCGAAGCUACGAUUAACGACUUGAACAAGAUUCGAUUUGGCCGAACACUUUUUGCCAAGUUUUGCCACAACCCGAACUUUGAAAAAGUGGUCAUUGGAGCGUUUGUGCGCGUCAACAUUGGUACUGAUCCAGAAAAACAUGUUCCCGUGUAUCGUAUCUGCGAAGUCAAGCGCCUGGUCCAUUCGAAACCAUAUACAUUCCAAAGCCGAACCGUGGAUGAAGUGCUUGUUGUGGCCUCUGCGAAAAAUGAAAAAACAUUUGAAAUGGGCAUUUGCUCAGAUAGCCCCUUUACUGAGGACGAGUUCCGUUGGUGGAAACAACACAUGAUUAAGGAUAACAUACCCAUUCCAUCAGGGAAACGGUGCGAGCGUAAGCUGGCUGAACUUGUCGAGUUUAAGGAACAUAAGCUUAACGACUCCGAGGUCAAGGCCAUGAUUGAGCGCCGCCAGAAACUCUCAAGCCAUGCUGGUGGCGGUGUUGGUGUUUCACGCGUGUUGCAAAAAUCGCAGCUUCUUGAACAGCGAGCCAUUGCCGAAUCAAACGGUGAUGAGGCUGCCAUUGAAAGUAUUGAUCGCAAACUUGCAACCAUUGAGUCUCAGAAUGUAAAAGCUGCCCAGGGUGAAAGCCAAAGCUCCAGUCUUAACAAGUUGGCUGCUGUCAAUGCACGCAAUCGUCGAGCAAACGUAAGCGGUAUUCGUCAGGCCGAGCUCAAAAAUGUGGGCGAACGCAGGAAAACCGCAGGUAAAUCUGGCGGUGUUAUGGAUCCAUUUAGUCGUGUCCGUACAAGCGCCAAAAUCUUUCAUCAGUCUGAAGACUCUCAAAACCAAGACCCCAGUGCCGCUGCUAAGGAGUCUGAGCUGGAGCGGAAACGCAAGCUUGAAGAGGCCGAGGCUGCACGAAAGCGGCGCAGGACCGCUGCUCGGUUGGCAUUCAAUGCCGUUGACAAUAAAAUUGCAAAUAUUAAUUUCCAAUUGGAAAUUGAGAUUUAA